AUGGACAUUGUAGCGUGUGAUGUGGUCAACCCGGACGAUAUUGAUGUCAAAUUCGAGUCUAUUGGGGGAUUGGAUUCCAUUAAGCAACAACUCUAUGAAUUGGUCAUUCUUCCACUACGAAGACCUGAACUUUUUUCUAGUGGAAAGCUUCUGUGUCCUCAAAAAGGUGUUUUGCUAUAUGGGCCACCCGGCACCGGGAAGACAAUGCUUGCGAAAGCAAUCGCAAAAGAAUCCGGAGCUGUUUUUAUUAACGUGAGAGUAUCCAACCUUAUGAGCAAAUAUUUUGGGGAUGCACAGAAAUUGGUGACUGCUGUAUUCACUUUGGCGUACAAACUCCAGCCAGCUAUAAUUUUCAUUGAUGAAGUGGACAGCUUUCUCGGCCAAUGCAAGUCCACUGACCAUGAAGUAAUGGCUAACAUGAAGACCGAGUUUAUGGCUUUGUGGGAUGGGUUCACGACUGACAAGCAUGCUCGGGUUAUGGUACUUGCUGCCACUAAUCGUCCAUCAGAACUUGAUGAGGCAAUUUUGAGACGUUUUCCUCAGGCCUUUGAAAUUGGGUUCCCAAAUUGCAUGGAGAGGGCUGCAAUCUUAAGAGUGAUACUAAAUGACGAAAAAGUUGAAGAUGAUAUCGAUUAUGACUAUUUAGCUGGUUUAUGUGAUAGGUGCACUGGUUCUGAUCUUCUCGAGCUCUGCAAGAAGGCUGCUUAUUUCCCAAUCAGGGAGAUGCUUAAUUAUGAGAAAAAUGAAAAUCCAUCUCAGAAGCCAAGGCCAUUGUCACAGUUGGAUAUAGAGAAAGUAAUUGCUACAACCAAAGGAACAAGGGCUGCAGCAAAUGAAUACAGCUGCCGAUCAAACUCGCAUUUUUUUGAAAGCUCUUGUCAGACAGAAUCAGACGAUUAUCAGGAUUAG